GGUCACUCUCAGUCACACAACCCAAGAAAUCUUGCAUGCCGCCGAAUGGCAGAAAAUUGAAGCAGUGUCCCCAUCCAUCCAUCCCCAAAAAUAGGAAGAAAAUUUGCUGAACCUAAUCCAAUUCCCAAUAACUAAACUUUGUUGCAGAUCGAUAAGGUACAACUCCUCACAGCGCGGGGAACAACACGCAACACUUGUCACGAAGCAUGUCAAACUGCAGCUGAGCAUCUCGUAGUCGUGGCAAACAGCAGCACACUUGUUUUCCCCUCACAAAAACACGUAAUCGCUCUGCUUUCCGAGGUUAGCUCCCGCCACCGAUAUCACUCUGUAAAAAGAAGUCGCCAUAACUCCGAAUUGUAUUUUGCUACCACAAUUUCAGCUUAUUACUCUUCUUUUCAACUGUUGGGUGAAAAAUUUGGGGGUGACUUAACCGGAGUUGUUGGAAAAUGAAGGUUCAUGAGACGAGAUCGCACUCUUAUUCCUCUGGUAAUGAGGAAAAAGUGGCGACAAGGAAGCAGAAGGCUGAGGCCAAAGCAAGUGAAGGCGGGUCGGAGCAUUCCCCAAAGAAGGCCAAAACAGAGACUGACGAGAGAGCCAAGGAUGCAAAGAAGGACAAAACCAAGGGCGAGGAAAAUGGGAAUGAGAAGUCGACUGAGGAAAUCAAAGCAGAGUUUGAGAAGUUCUGUAAAGCCACAAGUGAGUAUCUAUCAUUUCAGCAGAUGCGUGAGAUUCUGGAGGCGAAUGGCCAGGAUGCAAGCGGAUCGGACGAUGCUGUAGUGCCUAGAUGUCAAGAUGUUCUAUUUUACGGGCCGUUGGAUGAUUGUCCUGCAUGUGGUGGCGCUCUGAGGAUCUCCGAUAAGACCUUUACAUGCUCAGGUGUAUAUACUGAGUGGUCUAGCUGCACAUAUAACACUAAAGAUCCUCCCCGAAGGAACGAGCCAACUAAACUGCCGGACUUUGUCAAUGAUUCUCAUGUUGCUGAGUUGCUGAAAAAACACCACGACCCUGAAUCUCGCCCUCGCACUACGGCCUCUUUCCUUGAAAGACCUUUUAAGGGAAUGAUGAUUUCUCUGGCGGGCCGUUUGACUCGAACACAUCAAUAUUGGAAGUCAAAGAUUGAGAAGGCUGGAGGGAAAGUUGCCAACUCUGUGAUGGGGGCAACUUGCCUGGUCGUGUCUCCAGCUGAGCGGGAACGUGGUGGCUCAUCCAAGUUGACUGAAGCAAUGGAGAGGGGAAUCCCAGUAGUACGAGAAGCUUGGUUAAGCGACAGUAUUGAAGAGGGGGACCCUCGGCCUCUCGAAGCCUAUGACAUAGCUAGUGAUCUUGCUGUAGGUGGAAAAAACAUCCCCUUGUAUCAGCAGGAUCCUUCUGAGGAGGCUCUUGAAACCAUUACAUCUGAGCUUAAGAUAUAUGGGAAGAGAGGUGUGCAUAAGGACACAAAGUUGCAGGAUAGUGGUGGCCAAAUUUUGGAGAAUGAUGGAAUCUUGUACAAUUGUGCCUUUGCUCUAUCGGAUAAAGGGGCGGGGUUAAAUGAGUUUUGCAUUAUGCAAUUGAUAACGGUACCUGAGGGCCAGCUUUACAUGUACUACAAGAAGGGCAGGAUAGGUGAUCUCGGCGGAGCAGAUGAGAAGUUGGAGGAACGGGAUGAUGUAGACGGUGCAAUCCAAGAGUUCGCCAAACAAUUUGAAGGGGUGACAGGUAACAAGUUCGAACCAUGGGAGAGAGAGAAGAAGAUACAGAAGAAAUCUCUAAAGUUAUUCCCCAUUGAUAUGGAUGAUGGAGUCGAGGUGAGACAUGGGGGUCUGGGAUUAAGACAACUUGGAGCUGCCGCACUGCACAGCAAGCUCGAGCCGAAGGUUGCGAAGUUCAUGAAAGUCCUGUGUAGCCAACAGGUUUACAGGUAUGCUAUGAUGGAAAUGGGGUUGGAUUUUCCGGACUUGCCUGUGGGUAUGGUUACUGAUAUACAUUUGAAAAGAUGUGAGGAUACUCUACUCGAAUUCGAACAGAUGCUCAGGACAAGCAAGGAGACGGGGCCGAGAAGGGAUGCCUUAUGGGCUGAUUUCAGCCAGCGAAUGUUCACUCUUCUGCCUAGUACGAGACCUUAUGUUUUUCGGGAUUUCACUGAUAUAGCUGAUCACGGAGCAGCUGCAUUGGAGACGAUCAGAGAUAUAAACGUGGCUUCACGACUGAUAGGCGACAUGUCUGGUGAUACUCUAGAUGAUCCUCUGUUUGAUCGGUACAAGAAGCUGGGUUGCUCUAUCUCUCCAGUUGAAAAAGAUACUGAUGACUACAAGAUGGUAGUUAAUUACCUGGAGAAGACUUACGAACCUACUAAAGUUGGAGAGAUUAGUUAUGGGGUAUCAGUUGAGGAUAUAUUUGAAGUUGAGGUGAGCGCUGGUCCCUCCUUUGACGAAAUCAAGAAGCUACCAAAUAAAGUUCUGCUAUGGUGUGGUACGCGAAGCUCCAAUUUGUUGCGGCAUCUGCAAAAGAGUUUCUUGCCUUCGUUGUGUUUUCUGCCUGUUCCUGGAUACAUGUUUGGGAGGGCGAUAGUCUGCUCUGAUGCUGCAGCAGAAGCGGCCAGGUACGGUUUCACAGCAGUGGACAGGCCAGAGGGGUUUCUGGUAUUGGCAGUUGCUUCUUUAGGUGAAGAUGUAACAGAACUAACUGGUGCUCCAGAGGACGCAGCAGAGCUGGAGGAGAAGAAAUGUGGGGUGAUCGGACUAGGGAGGAAGAAGACAGAUGAGUCGGAGCAUUUUAUGUGGAAUGAUGUGAAGGUGCCCUGUGGUAAGCUAGUCCCAUCGGAGCAUAAGGACAGCCCCCUCGAGUACAACGAGUAUGCUGUCUACGAUCCAGAACAGGUGAGUAUAAAGUUCCUGGUGGCUGUGAAGUUUGAGGAGAAGGAUGUCGAGUAUGAUACUGCCUCGCCCUGACGGCACGAGUAGGGCUAGCCUUUCCUAAAUAUAUAAGUAAAUGUUUUCGUUCCCUUUUAGAUGAGGAGGAGGAGAGGGUACAUUUUGGGUGUGAUAAGUUUGGACAAGGUUGAGGUGAUGGCAUUGCUUUGCUUGUUUAUAGAUGCCAUUACCUAGAAUGGCUUGUUGUACGAGCCAUGUAGAUAUAAUAUUUGGAUGUAGUAUGUUUAACUAUCAUCUUUUUCUGCUCUUAAGUUUCCUUGAAGCUCUCUCUUGCUACACCCUUUAAAUGGAAUAAUAAUUUCUUAUGUGGGAAACUGCAUUGAUGCUUCAAGGUU